UGUGUGUGUGUAGAGUAGAGAGUGUGAACUGUGAACUAUGUCGUGGCACAUUUUUAUGUUUUUAAAAGUUCUGCUUUUACUAUUAAUUGCCAGCCACCACACGUGGGGACAGGAGACGCAGAGGCCAUGGUACGAGUCCCUGCCUGCGGUCGCCAUGGACUACAAGGUCCACAUUGACGCCGGCAAGGAGGACUGCUACUUUCAGUACGUUGCUCCUGGCGCAACUUUCUACGUCAGCUUCCAGGUCAUUCGCGGCGGCGACGGCAUGGCUGGGUUCGCUGUGCGCCACCCAAACGGACAGAUUGUGCAUCCCUACCAGUGGCAACCGUCCUCCGAAUACUCUGACCAGAGCUCAACAGGUGGCUACUACUCCGUGUGCGUGGACAAUCAGUUCUCCCGCUUCGCCGGCAAGCUGAUCAACAUGUACCUGACUGUGAUCAAGUACGACGAGUGGGACAAGUACGCGAAGGAGAUCGAGGAGCUGCAGCUCAACAUCCACAACUUCACCAGCACCAUCAAGAAUGUGGAGCAGAACAUCAACGGGAUGCUGCAGUACCAGGCGCACUCGCGCAGCCGGGAGGCCAGGGACUACGCCCUGCUGUCGGACAACAACACCUACGUGCAGAAGUGGUCGCUGGCGCAGAUCCUCGUCAUCAUGGUGACCACAACGAUCCAGGUGUACUUCGUCCGGAAGCUGUUCGACAUCAAGUCCGGCACGUCCAGCCGGAGUCGCAUCUGAGCG